AUGUCUAAUCUAAAGGAGGAUUGCAGGAACCUCUUGAAGACAUUGGACUCCAGGAGAAAAUUUCCAUGUGUUGAACUUGUGAAAGAGAUCACGUUUGCCAUAUUCCAAAAACAGCAAAACUACAAUGAAGAUUUAUCUUUACUUAUAAAAGAUUAUAAAAAAGCAGUUUUUAAAACGAAUAUUUUGCAUCCUCAGGUUUACGCUUCAGAUCUGAGUAAAGAACCUGCCUUCCAGCUCAUUGCAAUGGAAAAUACAUCCGAAAACCAAGAGAUCCAGAUGAUUCCAGAGCAGUACCAGGUUCUUGAAAAGCUUGGAGAAGGGACCUUUGGUCAAGUUUUCCUGGCUCAUGACAAGCUAGCAGGUCGAUCAGUGGCGCUAAAACUGAUGAAGAAAGAGAGAACCCACCAAGAUGCCUUUGUCAAGGAAUUCAAGGUUGCGGUCUAUCUGUCUCAUCACAGGGGUAUCAUUACAACCUACCCCUACUUCUUUGAUACCCUGAAACACUACGUCUACGUCCAGGAGGUGGCAACAGCAGGGACCCUCAAAUCCAUUAUUGUUGAGAAGGUUGGGUUACCAGAAUACAUUGUGAAGCGUUGUGCUGCUCAGAUUUCCGAAGCAUUGUUUUUCAUUCAUAAUCAAGGGUUGGUGCAUAGAGACCUGAAACCAGACAACAUCUUGCUUAUGGAUAAAGAAUGCCACGAAAUUAAGAUCGGAGAUUUUGGUCUAACAGAACGUUUUGGUAGAUUCAUCCCAUCGAUGUCUCAUAUAAUACCAUACAUGGCACCUGAGCUUUCUAUUCUGGAACCUAACCAAUAUCUACACUUGAGUCCAAGUAUUGAUGUCUGGGCAUUUGGAGUCACUCUGUAUGUAGCUCUCACUGGCUGCUUUCCAUGGCUGGAAGCUGUAAACAAAGACCAUAAAUUCCGGAUAUUUGCAAGCUGGAAAACAUAUGGCGAGUUAGACUCUCCCCCAGUUUCCUGGCAGAGUUUUACCAGGGAAGCAUUGGUUAUGUUUUCCAGUUUACUUUCACUGAAUCCUUCCGUUAGAAUGUCUGGUGGCAUUGUUUACAAUUACCUGCAUGUACCAUGGAGAUACAAAGAGCUGAAUAUUAAUAGGUGA